AGAAAUCUGGAUUACCAUUAUUGUUGCAGCCUAUUUUAAGAAAUUAAUUUUAUGCGCUUUGCAAGACCCAAACCGAGCAUCCCUCCUAUGCUGUGGUAGGCUGAUGGUCGUUGCCGUUCAAUUCUGAGGAGGGAACUGACGAACGUUUCGAGUGGAACUGCUGGGAUAACCGCGUUCUAUUAGCUUACUAUUCGAACAUUCAAAAGGAGGGCUUGCGCUGUAAACAUCUCAUUAUCCGUUUAACGCUGAACAACUUUCUUUGCUGAGAAAAAUAGUGCAGAGCACGCAUUCAGGAAAAAAAGAAAGAAAGAAAAGCUUUGAGGUGUUUCUUUUCCCCUAAUGAACGAGUCCAGUGUAAGGGGUGGUGUACUCCAGCAGGGAGGAGGGUGGACCGCCUGAGAGAUACUCAGUGACAGUGAACGUCUCAGCUGGAUUGCCAUAGAGCUCUCGAGACACGCUCGCAUCUACUUAGGACUGACGGUUUCAGGAUGUUUUUGGAAAACGUGCGUCUUCUGUUUGACUGUGAGAUCACCUCAGAUUCCUUCCAUUAUUGACUGUUCUGACAAUCGGAAUCAUAUUGUGUCAGAAUCUAAAUAAUAUCCUUGGAUACCGGAAGGAAUUGCAAUUUUUUUCUUACUUGGGGAAAUAAUAAACGAAUAUGAUGGAUAAACGGUGAUGCUAGUGAUGAUACUAGUAGAUAACUGAAGCUGAUCAUAAGACACAUUUAAGGAUACCAGCCGAGUCUGUUGGGUGUAGGAUGUAGAAUGCUUCCCAUUCGGAGAUUAAAGGGUCAGCCGCAGCUGUGGCCGAUGAGUGCCGAGCCUCCUCCUUGGGUCUGGGUCCUCCCGGCAACCUCCGGGCUCUGCAGGAUGGGUGCAUCGGCACCCCCUCCGUUGCUAAUCGCCUCUCACCCACCUCCGCUGCUGCAAGCGGUUUCCACGAGCUGGCAACUGUCCUGUGAUCCGUUCCUGCCUUUGAUGCGAAUACCGUCAGCACCAGAACCAACUAUUCAUCAGUUUCCCCUGCCGAGUGUUCAGUGGGAGCUACCAUCUCAACCCCCGGUCCUGGGGUUCCAGCCUUCCACAACCGUGGAUUUGGUCCCUGUGUUCCCCCAUGUUUACCACUCGGUCCUGCCCCCUCCUUUUGGCAAGAGAUGGGUUGAAAAGAGGUUCCCAGAAUACAAGGUUUAUGUAAACAAUGCCCUAGCCUUGGACACCACCUGGCCGGGUUCUGAGGAUAUAGGAAUCUUCCAGAGGCAUGAGAAACCUCUGCUGAUGACAAAUCAAAUGGCAAUGAGCAUAUCUAGGCCAACCGCUGCCUCCAGGAAUUUUCGCACUCUGUUUGUGUCACCUCAGCGUAUAUCAGGGUGCCCUGUGGCCAUCAAGAGGGUGGGAAGCCACAAGAGGAUCGCGUUGGCGGCCGCGGCCAUGAUGGCCAUGGAGUCGGAGGGCUCCCAGGGACCUGCGGCCCCCUCGCCCAGCCAGCCCAUCCACCUGUUCUCCCUCUCCCCGAUCAGGAUCCCCAUCCUCUCUGCGCCAGUUUCAGGUGUCAGUUUCCGUGAUGGACGGCUUGGCCCAGUGCUGCCAGCGCAGAUCACCAGGGUGGCGUCACUGUCCGCGCCGGGGGUGACUUUUGUAGCUGGCGACUGGACAGAGCAGCCAGUGACAGAUAAAAGCUUAGAUAUGAAGAAAGCAGCAUGUGCUGGGACCUUGGUGCUGCACGAUGAUCAGAAGCCUGAAGACAAAAAUGAGAUUGAACCACUCAAGAUCUCCAUUGAAGAAGACAAUGCCCCUAAAGACAAGCGGCCGGUGGCCUCCACGCCUGUCCCUGGAUCACCCUGGUGUGUGGUGUGGACAGGGGAUGACCGGGUGUUCUUCUUCAAUCCCACGAUGCAGCUGUCGGUUUGGGAAAAACCUGUAGAUUUAAAAGGCCGGGGGGAUCUGAACAGGAUUCUCGAAGAUCCUCCACACAAACGCAAAAAGGACUCAUUAUCCACUGAAGAAGGGUCCAACUCCUCCUCUGGCAAUGAUGAGGAUGGCGAAGAGCAUACUGCAAAAACUAAAAGGAACAAAAUGGAGGAUCCCAUUGAAGCAGAUGAAGAGAACAUGGGAGAGGGAGAAAAAUGUGCCAAGACGUUUCCUCAUCGGACAAUUCUGCCCUUGGAACUGAGGAUCGCCCACUUCAGGGACAUGCUUCUUGAAAGAGGGGUGUCAGCAUUCUCUACAUGGGAAAAAGAGUUGCAUAAAAUAGUGUUUGAUCCACGAUAUCUCUUACUGACAUCAGAAGAAAGAAAACAGAUAUUUGAUCAGUUUGUAAAGGCUCGAAUGAAAGAGGAGUACAAGGAAAAAAAGGGCAAACUACAACAGGCUAAAGAGGAAUUUAGAAAGCUUCUUGAGGAGUCAAAAAUUACAUCCAGGUCAACGUUCAAGGAAUUCUCUGAAAAAUAUGGCAGAGACCAGCGAUUCAAACAAGUUCAGAAAAAGAAAGACCAGGAGCACUUCUUCAAUCAGUUUGUCAAUGCACUCAAGAAACGAGACAAAGAAAACAGACUAAGACUGAGGAAGAUGAGAUGAAAAGUCAUGAGCUUUGCUAUAAACUAUUCUUUAAACUGUGAAGGGAUUUCUGACCACUAAAUGAAAUAGUCAGUUUUGUAAAGUAUCUGUCAAUAUCCCUGAAUCAGUACUUCACAAGGACAAAGCAGCCAAACAUCCACCCAGAACCCAGAUCUGUAAACUGGUGAUGCCUGACUUGACUGUGUGGAAUAUGAAGUCAAUGCUCAGAGAUUAAAUGUUUCAUAUUGAAGCUUUGUUUUAAAAUUCAGUGUUUCACGUGCUCAGAUCUCAGUGAAAAGCGUGAAUUUAGCAUUAAUGGUGUUAAGUACAAUGCAUAAUUACAUGUAUAACUAUCUUUGAUACAGUAUGCAUGUGUGUGUCUCAUAUAUAUGCCACCUGGUCUCACGACCCAUUUGUAUCUAUUCAAUGAAUUUCUAGAACCCUAAAAUUCAUACUUUUUUGAUGAAUGAGGGACACAAGGAAAGGUACGGCAACAAUAUUAUAUUCCAACAUGAAUAUUUCCAACAUUUGUAGACGACCAUUAUUAUUCCAUAAAUGGAUUUUAAUGUAAUAUGAUGUAUAAUUAUGCAGCUUUUUCUUGUUUCCUUUAUGUGUGUGGGCAGCUAUCUAUAUCCCAUGUACCAUGUCCUGUUUUGUAUUACCAAUCUCUUAGUGAGCUACAUGCCAAGCCAUCAUUGGUGACUCACCUUAAUUGUUUCACUGGUGAAAGAAAAAUAGCGGAUUUUUGUUCCGGUUCAUAUUGUUUCGAAGUAAGUCGUCAAGUCAUGCAAUGUGAAGGGUCCCUCAUUUGGUGGAUAGGUACGAAUUUUAGGGUUCUGGAAAUCUGUUGAAUUGAUGCGAAUGGGUUGUGAGACCAGGUUGAGAUAUGUGUAUGCACACAGUACACAUGCUGACAUGCAUAUGUAAAUGUACAAGGGAUUCUGGAUUUAUGAUGCACUGAAACUAUGGAAAACAUUUAACAUUUUGAAAUAUUGAGGAACAAAAAUAUUUAUUGAUGGUAUUGUGUAUUGAUGGAUUUUCUGAUGUUGUCUAAAAGUGCAUUGUGGUUAAAGCCAGACAAUGGUAUUUCAUAGAAAGGAUAUCCUUUGACAUUAUUUAAGAGAGUACAGACACUGUCAUAAGUCUUCAUUAAUGUAAAAAAUAGAUAAUUGCUAAUAAUAAAUGUGCAUUCUGUGUAGGAAGACAUUCUAAAACAUAUCCUAAGGACUGUAGUAUUCGUUUUGGAUUUGCAGUGCUUUGUUUGUUAAAAUGCUAGAUAGGUACUAAUUGAUUCUUUUACUAAGUAAUGUUUUCUCAUUUAUUUUUCAAUUAAAGGUUUUGUGGAUUCUGUGUUGAUA